AGUGCUGGGAUUACAGGCAUGAGCCACCGCGCCCCGCCACGAUCUUUCUAAAACACACAUUUGAACUUCUUUGUUCUAAAAAUGUCUCGGUGGACUCCUUGCUGCCCGUGGGGCCAAAUCCCAGCUUCCGCACAACCCGCCGUGUAUGUGGACUGCACUCCGUCUCUAAACUCAUCUCUUGCGCCACUGAGCCAGUGCUCCCCAAGGCCAGGACUGGUCCUGGCUUAAGAUCCAGUCGAAGAGACUCGUCUAGGGGGUCUUUUCUGACCGCGCGUCCUCCUCUGGCCCUCUAGGCGGCCUGAGCACGCUCACUGACACCGUUUGGCGGCUUGUCACCUGCGUGGCUUGGGCACCUGCAGAAACUGCUGUUGCUGCGAGGUGCCCGUGUGGGUCACCGCUGCGCCAGUGAGAGAAGACGGCGAGGUCGCCCCUGGGAGGCAGAAGGCGAGCCAGGAGCCAGUCCUGGAAGCCAAUGAUCAGAGGCGCCGCCCAAGAGACCCUGGGCCCGCGCCGGGCGCAGCUGCCUCUCCGCGUUUGCCUGUCCGUCUUUGUGUCUGUCUCUGUGUCUGUCUGGCUAUCUCCGAGUUUGCCUCCGCUUCCAGAACUAAGCCAUCCAGACACCAUCAUCCCGAAACCUCAAGCCCUUCUCCCAUGGCAGGCUACUUGCCCCCCAAAGGCUACGCCCCUUCGCCCCCACCUCCCUACCCUGUCACCCCUGGGUACCCGGAGCCGGCGCUACAUCCUGCGCCCGGGCAGGCGCCAGUGCCUGCCCAGGUACCUGCCCCAGCUCCUGGCUUCGCCCUCUUCCCCUCGCCCGGUCCCGUGGCCUCGGGGUCUGCUGCCCCCUUCUUGCCACUGCCUGGGGUGCCUUCCGGCCUCGAAUUCCUGGUGCAGAUUGAUCAGAUUUUGAUUCACCAGAAGGCUGAGCGAGUGGAAACGUUCCUAGGCUGGGAGACCUGUAACCGCUAUGAACUGCGCUCUGGGGCCGGGCAGCCCCUGGGCCAGGCGGCCGAGGAGAGCAACUGCUGCGCCCGUCUGUGCUGUGGCGCCCGCCGGCCGCUGCGUGUCCGCCUGGCCGACCCCGGGGACCGCGAGGUGCUCCGUUUGCUCCGCCCGCUGCACUGUGGCUGCAGCUGCUGCCCCUGUGGCCUCCAGGAGAUGGAAGUACAGGCUCCCCCAGGCACCACUAUCGGCCACGUGCUACAGACCUGGCAUCCCUUCCUCCCCAAGUUCUCCAUCCAGGAUGCCGAUCGCCAGACAGUCCUGCGAGUGGUGGGGCCCUGCUGGACCUGUGGCUGUGGCACAGACACCAACUUUGAGGUGAAGACUCGGGAUGAAUCCCGCAGUGUGGGCCGCAUCAGCAAGCAGUGGGGGGGCCUGGUCCGAGAAGCCUUCACGGAUGCAGAUGACUUUGGCCUACAGUUCCCGCUGGACCUGGAUGUGAGGGUGAAGGCUGUGCUGCUGGGAGCCACGUUCCUCAUUGACUACAUGUUCUUUGAGAAGCGAGGAGGUGCGGGGCCUUCUGCCGUCACCAGUUAGAGGCCACCAUGGUGUGAGGAGACCAUCACCUCGAUGAGAACUCCAGAUGGUCGCCUGCCCUGGCCCCUCCUCCGGGCAGCCCCUUUCCUCCAUGUACACUGCAGGGGACAGAAGGGGGCCCCCAUCCCUACCCUGCUCCCUCGCCUCCUGCCCCUGUGGUACCCAAGGAGGGGUAUGUAUGAGAGCCCCUCUCCUGCUACCUCCCACCAUUGUCCCAGCAGUCCCUUGGCACACAGGCAUAUCAGCUUUCACACUUUCCCCAUGCACUCCCUCCCGCCCCCUUCCAGGGCCUCUGCUCCAAAGGAGACCUCUGGAACCCAGGACUCUGGGGUUUUACAAGAGGGCUAGGGUGGGGAAGGGCAAGCUGCACCAAAGACAGUGGACAUAGCCACCCCCCCAGCAUCUGCUUGGCCAAUUAGUUCAGCCUCAGACCAUGGCACUUCAACGGGGUCUCCACCUCCCCAUCAACAGCUGCAGGGGGACCCCAGUGCCAACUUCCUCUCCCACUAGGGCCCUGCCCUCAGCUGGUGCUUGCUGCGAUUCCUGUGCCUUAUGUAACCGCCCUUCCUUCCCUUGCCCUAGGAAAAAGGCUGCAUCUUUAUAUGUUACAUUCAUAUAAACUUUGUAACUUUUUGGA